UUUUUUUUUCUUUCUCCCCCUCCCCACCACGUCUUUUCCCGAAGUCUCUCCCUCCGCCGCCUCGUUUCCCUCGCCGCUCCCCAGCGCCGGGACGCCGCUCCGCGGCCCGUGAGGAAGAGGCGGCCUCCCCCCGCCAUCCCUCCCCGCCUCCCUCCCUCCCUUCCUUCCCCGCUCCUCCCGCCGACCGGGACUCGCCCCGAACCGGGAGGGAGACGGUCGCUGCCCGCUCCUCCUCCUCCUGCCGCUCCUCCUCCUGCAGCGGGGGCCGCAUCCUGCUGCCGGGGGGAGGGAAUUGAUGUGGAUACCCAGCGCAGCACCACCACCACCACCAUGCAGCCGCCGCCGAGGAAGGUGAAAGUUACACAAGAGCUGAAAAACAUUCAGGUUGAGCAGAUGACAAAACUUCAGGCCAAGCAUCAGGCAGAAUGUGACCUACUGGAAGAUAUCAGAGCAUUCAGUCAGAAAAGAGCUGCGAUUGAGAAAGAAUAUGCACAGAGCAUUCAGAAGCUGGCUAGCCAAUACUUAAAGAAGGACUGGCUUGGAAUUAGAGCUGAGGAACGAAGUGAUUAUAGGAGCAUGUACUCAGUUUGGAAAUCACUCUUAGAAGGCACCAUGCAGGUGGCCCAGUCCCGACUCAAUAUCUGUGAGAACUAUAAAAACUUGAUUUCUGAACCAGCCAGGAGUGUCCGGUGCUUUAAGGAGCAGCAGCUGAAGAAGUGUGUGGACCAGCUGACAAGGAUCCAAGCUGAACUACAGGAGACAGUCAAAGAUUUAGCUAAAGGCAAAAAGAAAUAUUUUGAGACUGAACAGAUGGCUCAGGCGGUGCGGGAGAAAGCUGAUAUUGAGGCCAAGUCCAAACUUAGUCUUUUUCAGUCAAGAAUAAGCUUGCAGAAGGCAAGUGUGAAGUUAAAAGCCCGACGAUCUGAGUGCAAUUCCAAGGCUAUUCACGCCAGGAAUGAUUAUCUCCUCACUUUAGCAGCUGCCAAUGCCCACCAGGAUCGCUACUAUCAAACUGACCUGGUGAACAUCAUGAAGGCUCUUGAUGGAAAUAUAUAUGAUCACCUUAAGGAUUAUUUAAUGGCAUUCAGCAGGACUGAACUAGAGACAUGCCAAGCUGUACAAAACACAUUCCAGUUUCUACUGGAGACUUCCAGCAGGGUGGUGCGGGAUUACAACCUCCAGCUGUUCCUGCAGGAGAACUCCGUGUUCCACAAACCUCAGCCUUUCCAGUUCCAGCCCAGUGACAGUGACACUAGUUUUAAUGCAGUUCAGCUGGUGGAGAUUGAGCCCUCACCUGUCAGUGCUAUGAGAAUGACCAUAGCAGAGAGCCGACAGCUGGAGUCAGAGACGGGAACCACCGAGGAGCACAGCCUGAACAAGGAGGCGCGGAAAUGGGCGACGCGCGUGGCCCGCGAGCACAAGAACAUCGUCCACAGCCAGAGGACCCUGGAAGAGCUGGAGUGCCACGGGCCCGUGAUGUCCGAGCAAACCCGAGCGGAACUGGAGCAGAAAAUAGACGAAGCCAGGGAGAGCAUUCGCAAGGCUGAGAUCAUCAAGCUGAAGGCAGAAGCGAGGCUGGAGCUGCUGAAGCAGAUUGGGGUGUCCGUGGACACGUGGCUGAAGAGUGCCAUGAACCAGGUGAUGGAGGAGCUGGAGAACGAGCGCUGGGCCAGCCUGCCCUCGGUCACCAACAACGGCUCCGCGCACCUGGUCAAUGCUGAUGCAGAAAAGGAAGAAGGUGAAGAGUUUGAAGACAGCAUGGAUGUUUUUGAUGACAGCAGUUCUAGUCCUUCUGGUACUCUCAGAAAUUACCCUCUCACCUGCAAAGUUGUUUAUUCCUAUAAGGCUUCUCAGCCAGAUGAGCUGACCAUAGAGGAGCACGAGGUGUUGGAGGUCAUUGAAGAUGGAGAUAUGGAAGACUGGGUGAAGGCACGGAACAAGGCUGGACAGGUGGGAUAUGUGCCAGAGAAGUACCUGCAAUUCCCAACCUCCAGCAGCCUCCUGAGCAUGCUGCAGUCCCUGGCUGCGCUGGACUCCCGAUCCCACACCUCCAACAACUCCACGGAGGCUGACCUGGUGCCAGGCAGCCUCAACGGGGACUCCAAUGUCUGUUUUGUAAAAGCACUUUAUGAUUACGAGGGGCAGACAGAUGACGAGCUGUCCUUCCCAGAGGGAGCCAUCAUCCGCAUCCUGAACAAGGAAAACCAGGAUGAUGAUGGCUUUUGGGAGGGAGAAUUCAACGGCCGCGUCGGGGUCUUCCCCUCCGUGCUGGUUGAAGAGCUCACAGCCUCAGAGAAUGGAGAGACUCAGUGGAUUGGGGAUAUCCAGGUAUCCCCCACUCCAAAGGCCAACAACUCCCUGCCACCGCUGCCUCUGUAUGACCAGCCUCCCACCAGUCCCUAUCCCAGCCCGGAUAAAAGAGGAUCCCAGUUUUUCCCCAGGUCUCCAUCGACGAACGAAAACUGCUUUGGUUCAGAGUCCCCUGGAUUCUCUCAACCUCCACGAAUUCCUCCGGAAAGUUCCUAUGGCAAACUGCGGCCUGUGCGAGCAGCUCCACCCCCCCCGACACAGCACCACCGCCGGCCCACGGAGAAGAUCGAGGACGUGGAAAUCACUCUGGUGUAAUGAGGGGACUGGCUAAUUAGUAGUGCUACAAUCAAGGCCAAACUCAGCUUUUGGUCAAUCUCGUUUUUAGGCACCUUUGCAUGAUGAAGACUUGGACUAGAGCGAGCGAUAGGGAGGAUUUUAUGUGGCAGUGACCUGGCGGAUUCCUUCCCACAGUCAUGAAUAUUUUGUGCCUUUUGGUUUUUUUUGUUUGUUUGUUUGGAUUUCUCUACAUCAUUCUUCUUCUCUUAGCACAAACCAAGACAGGCCAAGAUUGGCUUUUUUUCUUGGCUGGAGAUGCUCCAUUUUGAUGUGGAGACGAAGAAAGAGCCCCGUUCAUGCAGCUUAGUCUUAGCAUCCUUUGCUCCUGUGCAUUAGUACAGUAUAUUACUGUUGCCAUAGGAAUGUGUUAAAGAUUGUGGAUCCUUCCAGUAGCAUCACCUGCCUGAUCAGGUAUUCAUCAGAAGAAUGAAAAAGGGAACAGAAAAAGAAGUCUAAAGGAGAGGCUGGCUCCUCUUGAAUCCCCCUGCAGAAAGGAAGAGAUGGGAAAAUGAUCUCCUGGAAAAGCAAAAGUGUUCAUUCCAUGGGUGCUCCCCUUGUCAGUGAUUCACAGCUGAACAUUCUGCCUUUGGAUUUUUGUGUUUACUCAGUGCAUUUACUCAUAGAGGAUCUAACAUGGAGGUGCUGAACCAGCAGCAACAUCUUCUUCCACAGCAGAAACCAACGGGUAGAAAAGCAAAAAAGCAAGUGAGAUUUUUGUCUAGAUCUGGAAAUUGAGCUGCUUUUUUUUUUUUUUUUUUUUUUUUCUCUUAGCAGAUUUUGGGGAUUUUGGUUCUUUUGUUGGGUUUGUUUUAUUUUUUUAAAGCAUUUGGGUCACUCUUAUCCCAGUUAUUGCCGUGUACUUUAUUAUCCAACGUUAGCAGUGUAUCUUUGUCAUCAAACCACCUGAGUUCUAGAGGUAGCAGUUCCAUUUAGAGUAUUUACAUGCAUUUAGUUGUUGCAUUGGAUGGCCCUGUAGCCUUUUCCCACCCCAAUCCCAUUAACCAGCCAAAGCCAGGGAGCCAGGAGCAGCUCCGGGUUCUGCCUUCACACCACCUUCGUGCCCAAGAUGUGCCCAGUUCCUCUCAGGGAAGAAACUGAAAGGAAAAGAGUUUCACAUUUCCCUCGGAGAGCUCUGAAAAGGGAGCUUGGAUUUCGGGUUUUUCAGAGAAAAGGGCAAAGAAUAUUCUGAAGUUGAAUGUGGAGCGGAACGGUUGGAGGAGAGGGAAAAAUUGGAUGAAAGCAGGUUUUUCCUUGGGUACUGACUAAAAUAUUGUCAGCAUUCUCCAUCAGAUGAAAACUUCAGAUCAAAGGCAUCCCAAGGUUGGGUUUGGAGCUGUUUGUGGGUUCUCUUGUGUCUUCAUGUUUUUUCUCAAAGCCAGUAAGUUUUCAACCUUUAGUUUACUAACAAGGGCUAUUUUUUGAGGCUGCAUUUACAACAAAAACCCAACAACUCAUCUAACAAGAUUUUAUCAUAAACUUUGCACAUACUUGGAAAUCCCAACCCAGGCUGGGUCUCCGAGACAUCCAGUGCUUGCCAGUCUCCUUUCCCAGUGGGAUCCUUAACCAAGAGUGGGGCUGUCUGAGGGCAACAAUUCAUGGAUCAGUUAUGGAAUCAGUGACUGUCCAAUGAAGUCUUUUCCAUAUUUUAUUCCUUCUUUUGCACCUCUUGUCCUGUUGAUCUGUUUGAGGUCUUUUUAUGUGUUUAUCAAACUUAUUCUUAAGUUUAAAAAGAAACGUUUUUUAAAAAAAAAAAGGUUUAACUGUUUGCAAAUAUUUUGAGAUCUUUACAACGCAGAAGAAAACCAAGUUUUUGCCAUAAUGUUCAUGUUCAAUUCUUUUGGCCAGUUUCACCAGUUUCAUGUUCAGUUCUUUUGGCCAGGACACAGAUCUGUGUCCUUCACACCCGGACUUUCAAAAAUCCAGAAAAUUUUUAUUUAAAAGUCUCUUUAGUUGUAUUUUAAAAUAUUUUCUGUAAGAGCUGCUAAUUUUAUUUAAAAAACAAAAGUGAAAAAAAAAAGGCAAAAAAAAAAAAGAAAAAGGAAGAAAAGUUGUAAAAAGAUGCCUCCUUUUUAACUAUGAUUUCUUCAUACAGGGCAUGUAUCGGCCGUCGCAUCGUGUACAGCUCAGUACACCCUGAAAGCAUCAGUGCAAAUGCUUUCUUUAUAUUGGCUGUAAAAAGUUUGUAUUUAUUAUGUAUAAAAAGUUGAAUAAUAAAAAAGUGGAACUAAAUCCCUGGUGCCCU